CUCUGGAGGGCAGUUGACUGCAAUCUGGAGACCGCUCUGUACUCUGGGGAGGGACACAUAUAAGUGGGGAGCCGCCUUGGGCACAGGGCCUCAAAGAUGAGGCCGGCACUUGCCCUGUGCCUCCUCUGCCAGGCGUUCUGGCCCAGGCCUGGCGGUGGCGAGCACCCCACGGCCGAUCGCGCGGGCUGCUCGGCGUCGGGGGCUUGCUACAGCCUGCACCACGCGACCAUCAAGCGGGUGGCAGCCCAGGAGGCCUGCAACCUGCGCGGCGGGACGCUCAGCACGGUGCACGGGGGCGCCGAGCUGCGGGCGGUGCUGGCGCUGCUGCGGGCCGGGCCCGGGCCCGGAGGCGGCUCCAAAGACCUUCUGUUUUGGGUCGCUCUGGAGCGCGGGCGAUCCCACUGCACCCUGGAGAACGAGCCCCUGCGAGGCUUUUCCUGGUUGUCCCCCGACGCCGCCGGCGAGUCUGACAGCGCCACUCUGCCCUGGGUGGCGGAGCCCCAGCUCUCCUGCACCAUGCGGAGUUGUGCGGGACUCCAGGCCACCCGCGGGAUCGAGCCUGCAGGCUGGAGAGAGAUGCGAUGCCGUACGCGCGCCAAUGGCUACCUGUGCAGGUACCAAUAUGAGAGCUUGUGCCCCGCGCCCCGUCCCGGGGCCGCCUCCGAUUUGAAUUUCCGCGCUCCGUUCCGGCUCAGCAGCUCCACGCUGGACUUCAGUCCUCCGGGGACCGAGGUGAGUGCGACGUGCCGCGGGGAGCCGCCCAUCGCGGCCACCUGCGUGGCGGAAGCCGCGGGCGCGCGCUGGCUCGGGCUGGCCCGCGGGGCGGUGCUCUGCCCCUGCCCCGGGCAGUACCUCCGAGGGGGCCGAUGCGCACGGCUCCCCGACUGCCUGGACGACUCGGGAGGCUUUGCCUGCGAAUGUGCAGAAGGCUUCGAGCUGGGGAAGGACGGCCGUUCUUGUGUGACCCAAGGGGAAGGGCAGCCAGCCCCCGGGGGCACCCAGGUAUCCAUCAGGAGCAGCGUAGCCGUCACUGAGGCCAGCCUGGGGCCACAGAGAACAUGGUCACCCCAAGCCCGCCAGGCGUCCAGUGCCACACCAUCUGUUCCUGAGACUCUUCAGUGGGGACCGCACAGUACCUUAACUACCCUUCAACUGUCCCCACAAACCAAGCCAGCAGCCACCGUCACCCCACCAGGACGUGUGGACACUGAGCUUAACUCUACAUUUUCCAUCCCAAAGGCCUUUGACUACUCCUCCACUGUGGUCUUCAUUCUCGUGGGCAUCGCCGUCGUGGUGCUGGUGAUCUUGACCAUGACGGUGCUAGGGCUUUUCAAGCUCUGCUUUCACAAGAGCCCUUCCUCCCAGCCGAGGAAGGGGCCUGUGGGCUCCCCGGGCGAGGAGAGUGACUCGGAGGCCACUGCCUUGCGCUCCAACUCUGCACCUUGCCUGGACAAUGGGGCGAAGGCCCGGGACUGCAGUGUGUGGGCGCAAGCAGAGGACGCCUCGCUGUCCAGGCACUCUCUUGGCUCCGGGAACACUUAGGGAAACGGGGGACAUGGCUACGCUUCAGGCAGACCUUUUUCACGUUUGGUGAAAAGGGGAAAACGAAGAACUGAUUUAUGCAAUCACAAUGAAAUUCCCCUCCCUCCAGUUCACCUAGGGGCUGUGCCAUUGCCUGUGAAUGGCUCGCCCCGUCCAGGGGAGCAGAGAAGGCUAAGCGCCUGAGGGAGGCCCCGUGGCAGGAUUGGGGGGAGGGAGACAUUUUGUUAUCUUUCUGAGGAAUUUGGAGAAGCAACUAAAAAACAAUAUAAUUUUGGAAAGUUUAUUUACUUUUAAAAAAAAAAAAACAAAAUAGAAGUGUUCAGGCUGGAAGUACAUUAGCGUGAAAACUUCCAGGCAAAAAAUAAAAAUAAACAAAAGAUUAUUGGCAACCCAGACUCAAAUAUGUUUGGCUUUGGUAAGAAGUAAUUAUUUGAGAAGAGAGCAUGACGGGCAUCGCCACAAGGGUAGAUGGUGCUUUUAAGUUGAAAGGAAAAUCCUUAAGUCCUUCUAAGAAGGAACAGAUCUCUCAGAACUAGAAACUUUUCCCUUUGUUCUUUGUCCUUUGCUUUCAAAGUCACUGCUACUUGUGUGCUUUGCUAUAAAUCCAACCUGCAGUGUUGCCAGACACUGGCUUUGGAAGCAAAUUACAGUUGACCACCAAUUCAAGUGUUUAUUGUGUGUCCUUGCCCAAGGAAAUAGAUGAUUUGUGUCUCUCUCUUUCCAAUGUGCCAGAGUGUAAUGGCCUCUCCAACCAAAUCACCUUCUUUCCAACAUCAGGAUGCAGGUCCUCACUCCUAAUUAUGCUGAUGUUAAUUCUCAAUUAAAACGUAAUGCUAAUUAUUGAUUUGAAAUCUUCUGGGUGCAUUCAAGUAAAAGCAGGCUGGGUUUUCUCCGAACUUGCUAAAUUCCUGUGCAUUUUUAAUACAGAAGGAAAACUGGAGUACCAAGCUCUUCCCCUUUUCUUCUUAAUAAAUGUGGCAAUGUAUGUUCAUCUUGGAACGAUUACUAUUUAGCAAAAAUCUACAUGGAAAAGAUGUGGCCAAAAGCUUUCAACAGAGGUGAGAGUAUAA